AUGAAGGCAGAUCUGGGCAGGAAGAGUCAGGAUGUGGAGGAGAAGAACAGAAGGAGCCCUAUUCAGACUGAGAUAUACAAGAACGACCCAGUAGAGGGAGCAUUUAAAGUCUAUGAAGACUUUGUAUUGUACAAGUCUGGUGUGUAUCAGCAUGUUUCAGGCUCUGCUGUGGGUAGACACGCCAUCAAGAUCCUGGGCUGGGGAGAGGAGGAUGGUGUUUCCUACUGGCUCUGUGUCAACUCCUGGAACACUGACUGGGGUGAUAAUGGUAAGCAGAGACAUGUAUUUUACUACUUUCAAGUUGCACAAAAUAAUCACUUUCAUUAUAAACAGGAGCUCUUCUACACUAAGACAGUGGGAUAUUAG